GAUCAGAUCUUUCUUUCUUUUUCAGAUAAAAGAAGCAGAUCUUUCUUUCUUUCUUCGGAUAGAAGAAGCAGAUCUUUUUUUCUUUCUUCGGAUAGGAGAAGCAGAUCUUUGUAAGUCUUCCUUAGGAUUCUUGGGAUUUCUUUAG